AUGAACCACCUGACGGCACAGUUACAACGAUCCCCACCUUGGGACAUCCUCUAUGCUGAUGACAUAGUACUCAUAAGUGAAGACUCCAGUACCCUACAACUCAUGGUAGAGAGAGGGAGAGGUGCACUGGAGAGAGCCGGUCUGCGAGUGAGUAAAGAGAAGACGGAGUACAUGCAUUGUAAUUUCAGUAACACCAACAAUAGCGCCAGUAUCUUCUUACAAAACCAUGUGUUGAAAAAGGUUUCCCACUUCAAAUACCUCGGUUCUAUUAUCUGUGAUGAUGGGUCAAUAGACAUGGAUGUUAACCAUCGUAUAAACACGGGGUGGAUGAAGUGGAGAGAGCUCACGGGUGUGCUCUGUGAUAGUAGAAUGCCAGUAAGAAUCAAGGGCAAAGUAUAUAAAGCAGCAGUGCGCCCAGCAAUGACCUCGGGGACCAGGGAGACCCCUGACAACCUGGAUGGCAGUUGUAAGAAAAGAUAUGAAGAAUGGAAAUCUAAGACCAGAGACGAGCCAGGACCGACCGGCCUGGCGACGCAUGAUUAG